CACUCGCGACAGGAGAAGACGUUUCAUGUCACGUCAGACGUCGUCGAUUGCGAAUUGUCGAUCGUGGUUAGUGUUAUUUUCUCGUUAAAAGAAAGUUGAUAAAUUUUUAUGAUGUGAUAAGAGUCUCUGAGAGUAAUGAGUAUCUUUAAUUGAUUUUGACGGCCAUAAAAAUGAACGACGAAAAACAACCGCUACUCAUAGGACCAAACAGUCCCCUAGAUAAUAAUGAAAUUCAAACAGUAGAAUUAGCGACUGGACCUAUCCUUACUCCAAAGGAUGAAAAGGCGAAAAAUGUGUACCAUCCUGCGUCUGAAAGGCACCUGGAACAUCCCACAUCGAACUUCGAUACAAUGAUUCACCUACUUAAAGGGAAUAUUGGUACGGGUAUCUUAGCGAUGCCCGACGCCUUUAAAAAUGCGGGAUUAUUUUUUGGUGUUUUUGGUACAUUGUUUAUGGGAUUUAUCUGCACACAUUGUAUGCAUAUAUUAGUUCGUUGCGCCAACGAGCUUUGUGUAAGAAAUCAAAGACCAGCGAUGGGUUUCGCGGAAGUUGUUGAAGAUGCAUUUGCUAUGGGCCCAGUAGCAUUACGACCGCAUUCACAAAGAAUGAAGAAUGUCGUAAAUAUAUUUUUGGUGAUAACACAAUUGGGAUUCUGUUGUGUUUACUUUUUAUUUGUUGCGACCAAUCUACAGGAUACUUUGGAAAUAUUUCACAUAAACCUGAGCGUACACACGUAUUUAAUGUUGCUGUUCCCAUGUUUCUUGGCAUUAGCUAUGGUGAAGAACUUGAAAUACCUCACUCCAGUGUCAUUGGUCGCUUCUAUAAUGACAGCUUGGGGUCUGAUGGUCACAUUCUACUAUAUACUACAAAAUUUACCACACACCAGUACUGUGAGAGCGUUUGCGAGCUGGCAUCAGUUACCUCUAUACUUUGGGACAGCUAUCUUUGCAUUUGAAGGCAUUGGAAUGGUGUUGCCUUUAGAGAAUAAUAUGAAGACACCAGAGGCUUUUGGAGGGUGGAACGGAGUGCUGAAUACGGGCAUGGUGAUAGUCGCCGUGCUGUACGCUUCUAUCGGAUUCUUUGGAUACCUAAAGUAUGGGAACCACGUACACGGCAGUAUAACGUUAAACCUACCGGAUGAUUUGUUGGCACAAAGCGUACGAGCCGUGAUGGCCUUUUCCAUUUUCUUGUCGUUCGGAUUACAGUUCUAUGUGCCCAUGAAUAUUGUAUGGCCGUACGUAAAAUCUAAAUUGACAUCGGAUUAUGCUCUGAAACACGGCGAAGCUGCGACAAGAGUCAUUAUGGUUUUUAUCACAUUUGUGUUGGCGGCUAUCAUACCUAAUCUAAGUGGGAUCAUUUCCUUAGUGGGUGCGUUCAGUAGUUCCGCUCUGGCAAUAAUUUUCCCGCCAUUCAUCGAGAUAAUAACGUUUUGGCCAGACCGGCUCGGCAAAGACGACUGGAUACUGUGGAAAGAUGUUCUAAUUAUAGUAUUCGGUGUGUCCGGUUUCGCCUUCGGUACUUACGCAAGCAUAGAUAAUAUUCUACAAACACCAUAGAGUAACCAAAGACAAACAGAAUCCCUAGCAAAUGGUACAAUGACAAUAAUUUUAUUUAGUUUAUAAUUGAGAUUUUACGCAUAGCUGGUAGGUGUAGAUUCAAUAUGUACUCAUACAGAAUUUAUUUUUUAGGUGAACCCUAUUAAAGUAUUACAAAUUUAAUAUAUAACAUACAAUAUUAGUCAUAUAUUUAAUAUUUAACUAAAUUAUAAACAUAACAUUAGUUGACGCUUCGCAAUAAGACGUACGAGUUAAUUCUGAUCCAAAGUGAAUGUUAAAGAUUUUUUUUAUUUUUAUAAACAUAUUUUUGUUAAUAUUUUGAUGUAAGUAACGAUUACUGUGAUAUGAUAAUUUUUAUUUACGCAAAUGUAUGUGAUUUUUUUUUAUUAGCGAUAAUUUUUGUUGUCUUGAGUGCUUUUAAAGCGUUUGAAUAAUCAUAGAUAAAUUAUUUAAUCUGUCGCUGAAUUAAAACUACUUUGACUUACAAAUGUUUCGAAAUAUAGAUGAUGGCACAAUUAUUAAAACAGUAAUAGUAAAUGGAAUACUUGACGUAUUUUUUUUAUU